AUGGCAGACGGGGCUCGGCUGCAUGCGGACGCAGCCCCUGCAGCCUCUGUAGCCUAUGCAGCCUCUGUAGCCUAUGCAGCCUCUGUAGCCUAUGCAGCCCCUGCAGCCUCUGUAGCCUAUGCAGCCUCUGUAGCCUAUGCAGCCUCUGUAGCCUAUGCAGCCUCUGUAGCCUAUGCAGCCCCUGCAGCCUCUGUAGCCUAUGCAGCCUCUGUAGCCUAUGCAGCCUCUGUAGCCUAUGCAGCCUAUGCAGCCUCUGUAGCCUAUGCAGCCUCUGUAGCCUAUGCAGCCUAUGCAGCCUCUGUAGCCUACGCAGCCUCUGUAGCCUAUGCAGCCUCUGUAGCCUAUGCAGCCUAUGCAGCCUCUGUAGCCUAUGCAGCCUCUGUAGCCUAUGCAGCCUCUGUAGCCUACGCAGCCUCUGUAGCCUAUGCAGCCUCUGUAGCCUAUGCAGCCCCUGCAGCCUAUGCAGCCUCUGCAGCCUAUGCAGCCUCUGUAGCCUAUGCAGCCUCUGUAGCCUAUGCAGUCCCUGCAGCCUAUGCAGCCUCUGUAGCCUAUGCAGCCUCUGUAGCCUAUGCAGCCUCUGCAGCCUAUGCAGCCCCUGCAGCCUAUGCAGCCUAUGCAGCCCCUGCAGCCUAUGCAGCCUCUGUAGCCUAUGCAGCCUCUGUAGCCUAUGCAGUCCCUGCAGCCUAUGCAGCCUAUGCAGCCUCUGUAGCCUAUGCAGCCUCUGUAGCCUAUGCAGCCUCUGUAGCCUAUGCAGCCUCUGCAGCCUAUGCAGCCUAUGCAGCCCCUGCAGCCUAUGCAGCCUCUGUAGCCUAUGCAGCCUCUGUAGCCUAUGCAGCCCCUGCAGCCUAUGCAGCCUAUGUAGGGGCUGCAUAG